AUGGCGGCGUACACAGUGAUGAGGAGCGGCGGCUUUUUAAACGCCCUGAGAGCUUUAAACACUUUCGCUCGUGUUCCUCAGACCUGUGCCGCUUUAUCAGGGGUUGAUUGUGUCAUUACACUAUUUGAUGUGUGUGUGUGUGCCCAGUAUCCAGGUGACAGUGUAGUCACAGGACAAGGCCGGAUUAAUGGCCGUCUCGUUUACGUCUUCAGCCAGGACUUCACCGUGUUUGGAGGAAGUUUAUCGGGAGCUCACGCCCAGAAAAUCUGUAAAGUGAUGGACCAGGCGAUGAUGGUUGGAGCUCCAGUGAUUGGUCUGAAUGAUUCAGGUGGUGCACGAAUUCAGGAAGGAGUGGAAUCUCUGGCAGGAUACGCCGACAUUUUCCUGAGGAACGUGCUGGCAUCAGGUGUUGUUCCUCAGAUCUCUCUCAUCAUGGGGCCGUGUGCAGGAGGAGCCGUUUAUUCUCCUGCUCUUACUGACUUCACCUUUAUGGUCAAGGACACAUCGUAUCUCUUCAUCACAGGACCUGACGUGGUUAAAUCAGUUACUAAUGAGGAUGUGACACAGGAGGAACUGGGAGGAGCCAAAACACACACUGCUGUGUCCGGCGUGGCUCACAAGGCGUUUGAGAAUGAUGUGGAUGCGUUGUUGAACCUCAGAGAGUUUUUUAACUUCCUGCCUCUCAGUAAUAAAGACUCUGCUCCAGUCAUGGAGAGUCACGACCCGAGUGAUCGUCUUGUUCCUGGACUCGACACACUUGUUCCCUUUGAGAGCACAAAGGCUUAUGACAUGCUGGACAUCAUCCACAGUAUUGUAGAUGAACGUCACUUUUUUGAAAUCAUGCCCAAUUACGCCAAGAACAUUGUGGUGGGAUUCGCUCGUAUGAACGGCCGCACCAUCGGCAUUGUGGGUAAUCAGCCCAAAGUAGCUUCAGGGUGUUUGGACAUUAACUCGUCAGUGAAGGGCGCACGUUUUGUACGCUUCUGUGACGCCUUCAACAUUCCUAUCAUCACCUUCGUUGAUGUUCCGGGAUUCCUGCCAGGGACAGCGCAGGAGUACGGAGGAAUCAUCAGACACGGAGCCAAACUACUGUUCGCUUUCGCAGAAGCUACAGUCCCUAAAAUCACCAUCAUCACCAGGAAGGCGUAUGGUGGUGCGUAUGAUGUGAUGAGCUCUAAACACCUGCGUGGUGAUGUUAAUUACGCCUGGCCGUCAGCUGAGGUGGCUGUGAUGGGGGCAAAGGGCGCUGUGCAGAUUAUAUUCAGGGGAAAGGAGAACCAGGCCGAGGCAGAGGCAGAAUACGUGGAGAAGUUUGCUAACCCUUUCCCUGCUGCUGUCAGAGGGUUUGUUGAUGACAUCAUCCAGCCGUCAUCCACACGCAUGAGGAUCUGUAGAGACCUGGAGGUUUUGGCGAGCAAGACACAGAACAACCCGUGGAAGAAACACGCUAACAUCCCGUUAUAGCCCCGCCCACCAAGCACUACACACCUCACCUCACACGUUAACACACAGAUAAAAGAAUAAACACUCUGAACACAGCUCACUGUGCCUCGUGCUCUACACACACACCAGCUAGCAUCAAAAUGAUUCAGCGGCAGUUCCUCGUUUCGAAUGACAAUCACAAGCUACUAAAAGUUACCGUAUUACAAUUACAGCUAGUUGUUGCAAUGCUAAUUAGCUAGCUUUAGUGACUAGCUUUAUGUUUCUUUUAAUGUUACAAAGGAAUCGGGAAGUAAUUUUUAUAUCUAGUACAGAUUUGUGUAAUUACGGUUGGGACUCGUGUGGAAUACGAUGUUUCUGCCAAUGGGACAUCAGUUAGGACUUUCAUGGGCAGAGCAUCAAACUCUUUAUUUUCUGAUCAAUACUAAAACACACAUCUGUCUGAUUACUGAAAUAAAACUGCAAGUGAA